UUAAUAAUAAACCUUUAUUCUGAGCACCCAUGUUAGUGUUUAUUUUUCCUUUAAAGAAGCUACGUAUUUACUUCCAUAAUCCAUAGCAGCUAGCCUCUUUCUGGGUGUGCUAAGCAGAAGACCUUAGCCAAUCAGUCUGGUGAACUGCCCUCAGGGCAACCAGGAUGUCUACUACCAACGCUCUAGUCUCCUUGAGGAAGCUGCCUGAUGUUCAUGGAUGCUUGGCUGUUGAAAUGUGUUCAGAGGAAAGCAGCCAUUUCUGCCCAUCUGUAACAUCAGGCUCCACAAGAGGUUUCUCUCCAGCAGCCUUCUCCUAUCUUUGAUCCUUAUUGUCAGUUCAGCAGGUUAGCUGUGAUAGGAUGAGGAGACAGAAAAGGGAAAACAAAGAUUGACUGCCGGAGGUACACGGAGUCCAGAUGGCCCACACUGGUGGAGUGACUCCUUGGCUACUCAAUUCCUAUCUGAGCAGAGCAGACGGAUGUCAGCCUGCUGAUGGUGGCCCUUGUUCCGUCUGUUUGUACAAACCAAAGUCUUUUCUUAACACAGAAAUUAAAUGAGCUUGAAACGUCCUCAUUGCAAGCAAGAAUUCCUUUUCUGAAAGACCUGAGUCCCCCCUGUGGAAUGUGAACCUUGAGAAAAGAGUCUUCCUAUCUGCCAGUCACCGGGGAGUUUAGCCCAGGCCCCUCAUUCAGACAUUUAACUCUGUGUUUGUCACAGGGAUGGGGGAGAUUUUGCUUCAUGAGAUAAGAACCAGCUCUGAUGGGCAGGUGAGUUGAGGACAGACCUGGGAGAAGGUGCAGCCAGGCUUGCAGUACAGUCCUUCCAAGGUGUCCUCACCCUUUCUCCUGAGACCAUUUGUGCCCAGCAGCAUCUGAGGGGAAUUAAUGACGCUCCUGUCUCCUGCUGCUUGCUCAAUAGUUGGCCCUUGAAGGUGCUUGGUGUUUCUUCUGGGAUAAAAAUGUUACUUACUCUCUGCACCAACGCAGAGAACUUACUCUGUUGACAGACUUUGUUAUUAAUUUUGAUGUCAAUGUCUUUAUGAAGAAUUAGAACAAGAACACUGUUGCAUUAUUUCUGUAAGAAGUUGAUUAUACUGUAGUUCAUUAUAUUGAAGUUCAUUAUACUGUACUAUCUUUAAAAAUUGUCAUUGUUGCCUGGCCCCAAAUAUCACCUUUCGAGGUCACAUUGCAGAGAGCUAUUUUCUUCUUUCUGUGUGUUCUUUCUGGUUCUGUUUUUAAUCUCUGUUCAUUACCCACGUGAUCUAGAAACCCACCAUUUGUGUUUUCUCUUCCUUCCUUUUUUUGCAUCUGCAGCUUUUGUUCGGUCUCCAUCAGCUUUGGAAACCGAUAGGACAAGAACACUUUUGUGUUAUUCAGGAAGGCAGGUAAAAUCUGAGGGAUCAUUGAUCAUAGGGUUCCAUGUUUGAACAUUAUCGCCCGACUGCAAACAUCGAGUUUGAGAAGUCAUUAGACAAGCACUUUUUUUUCUUCCUUUCUUUGUGUACCUUCUGGUUGCUUUUAGAAUUUUUUAUGCAUUUGUUGUGUGAUCCAGCAAAACCAGUUUUUGUCUUCUUUGGAAAAGAAUUGUUGGGCAUUUCUUAUAUGUAAGUGUUUGAUGGAAACUUCUAGCACUUCGGUUAAACAGAGUGUGACACACUGUUAGGAUCUGCCUUUUAUCUAAAAGCCUCCGGCCCAGGGCGUCUAGGUAACUGGAUAUAAACCCUCAGGCCAUUCCGGGAGGCUCAAAGGGAGUGAGGACAAACGCGAUGGUGACCGCUGGGGCUGCCAUUACUGUUGCUCUCAGCUCGGCGCCCACAAGCCGCUGAAAUGAGGAGACUUGUGAGACGAUCCCUAGAAGCUUAAGACUUCUGGGAACCCGCCCCCCAACCCCCCCACCCCCCGACAAGAAUGAGAGGAAGACCACUGGGACUAGCGCCGAGGCGCUGCUGCGCGUGCGCACUUCUGUUUGUGUGCGUGCUCGCGCAAGCGCACAACCGCUGCGCUGCCCUGGCUUCCUGAGGUCUGAGUCUCUACGCUCGCGUCCGCAGCUUUGGAGAGUGCGAGCUGGUGUCGCGAGCCUGCGGGGCCGAGGUCCGUGCGUCCUGGUCGGCAGCUGGCGGACGCACCUUUGCAGGCCGGGGAGGCCAAGGGACAGGUUGACAAGAGCGGCGAGACCCGGGCGCGGCCUCCUAGACCCGACUGCAUUAGUUCUACAGAUUUUUCCUACCGCAGCAGAAGAUGAAUACAUCCUUGGCCCCGCUGUCAUUCAAGGAUGUGGCUGUGGCCUUCUCCCAGGAGGAGUGGCAGCAGCUGGACUCUGAGGAGAGGACGACCUACCGGGAUGUGAUGCUGGAGACCUACAGCAACCUCGUCUCCGUGGGGUAUCACAUUAUCAAACCGGAUGUUAUCAUCAAGUUGGAACGAGGAGACGAGCCAUGGAUAGUAGAAGGAGCUCUCUCACCUCGGAGCUAUCCAGACGAGAUCUGGCACGCAAGCAGCCCGAUGGAGGAAGUCCAGGAAGAUGAGGAGGACCAAUCACGUUCAGCUGUGUUCAGCUAUGGAAGCCUGCUCGAUGCUUCUCGUAUGGCCGCUGAGGUAGCAAAAAAGCUCGCCCCAUCAGGGAAAGUCCUCCCUAAGUGCAGCUCCUGUGAGGAGAGCCUGAUGUGUGUCUCCGCGUUCAUUCGUAGCGAUGGAAGUUAUGCAAAACUGCGGCCCAAUGUGUGUGCUGGGUGUGGGAAGCCCCUCCUCCACGGUAAGCUUGAGAAAACACAUCCUGGAGACGAUGAAUUGAGUGGAGAUGGAGAGGAGGACUGUUCUCUAAGGGAAGAAAGUGUUUAUCAAAACGUUCGAUUUGUGGAGAAGCCUUUGGACUAUGUCGAGUGGCAGAAACCCUUCCCAAAGAGCGCUGUGUUUCUUAAUCACCUGGAGGAGGAGCCCUGCGACUGGAAUGAUUCUGAGGAAGCUUUUCUGCAGACGUCAGACCUCAGCACCCACCAGGAGUCCCUCAUGGAAAUGAAGCCCUACGAUUGCCAGCAGUGCGGGAAGUCCUUCUGCAAGAGGUCCAAGUUCAUCAUUCACCAGAGAACUCACACGGGAGAGAAGCCCUUCAAGUGCAAUCAGUGCGGGAAGUCCUUCUGCCAGAAGGGCACGCUCACGGUACACCAGAGGACCCACACGGGGGAGAAGCCCUACGAGUGCACUGAGUGCGGGAAGACCUUCUACCAGAAGCUGCACCUCAUUCAGCACCAGAGGACCCACUCCGGCGAGAAGCCCUACAAGUGCAGCUACUGUGGGAAGUCCUUCUGUCAGAAGACACACCUCACUCAGCACCAGAGGACACACUCGGGAGAGAGGCCCUACGUUUGUCACGACUGCGGAAAGACCUUCUCUCAGAAGUCAGCACUCAACGACCACCAGAAGAUCCACACAGGCGUCAAGCUCUACAAGUGUAGCGAGUGUGGCAAGUGCUUCUGCCGCAAGUCCACGCUCACCACGCACAUGAGGACACACACAGGCGAGAAGCCGUACGAGUGUAACGAGUGCGGGAAGUUCUUCUCCAGGUUGUCGUACCUCACUGUGCAUUACCGAACCCACUCGGGGGAGAAGCCCUACGAGUGUACGGAGUGCGGGAAGACCUUCUAUCUGAACUCGGCCCUCAUGAGACAUCAGAGGGUGCACACGGGGGAGAAGCCUUACGAGUGUACGGAGUGUGGGAAACUAUUCUCACAGUUGUCCUACCUCACCGUCCAUCACAGAACUCACUCAGGAGUGAAGCCCUACGAAUGUAGUGAGUGUGGGAAGACUUUCUACCAGAACUCAGCCCUUUGUAGACACCGGAGAAUUCACAGAGGGGAGAAGCCCUAUGAAUGCUACAUAUGUGGCAAGUUCUUUUCUCAGAUGUCCUACCUCACCAUCCAUCACAGGAUUCACUCAGGAGAGAAGCCCUAUGAGUGCAGCGAGUGUGGGAAGACCUUCUGCCAGAACUCAGCCCUUAACAGACAUCAGCGCACACACACGGGAGAGAAAGCCUACGAGUGUUAUGAGUGUGGGAAGUGCUUCUCCCAGAUGUCGUACCUCACUAUCCACCACAGGAUCCAUUCUGGAGAGAAGCCCUUCGAAUGUAAUGAGUGCGGGAAAGCCUUCUCUCGGAUGUCGUACCUCACCGUGCACUGCAGAACCCACUCAGGAGAGAAGCCCUACGAAUGUACAGAGUGUGGGAAGAAAUUCUACCACAAGUCAGCAUUCAAUAGCCAUCAGAGAACUCACAGGAGAGGGAACGGGAGUGGGGUUGAUGUGGGAAGGCUCCUUUAAAGUCGGACUACCGUCUCAGUAGACUAGAAACUCCUGCCUACACUUGAGCCCUGAGGUACAGUUGGCCCUCGGUGCCCCUAGGUUCUGUCUCUUAGGACCCACCAAAACUAUGUAGGAAAAGGGGUUUCCCUGUACUGAGUCUGUACAGAUUAUUUUUUUUCUCCAUCCCCUGAGCAGUACAAUGUAACAAAUCUUUAUAUUGCUUUGAUACGGUAUUAAGCAUUAUAGAUAAACUGGAGGGGAAUUAAAAUACACGAGGGAAUUACGUAGGGUGUACACAAUGAUGAUGUCAUCUUACAGACGUAGGUGUUCAGGUGGUCUCAGAACCACACUCCCGCAUAGCAAAGGACACGUGUGUCAGAGAGCUCACACAAACGAACAAGUCUGUGUGAAACAGAUCCAUCAGAAACUCAUAGGGCAGGAACCGCAGUCCGGAAAAGACCACAGAGCAGACUAUACAGGAGUCAAGAUGUAGAAAUACGUUUCAGCAUAACCUCGACCUGCUUAGCGGGGAACUGACUCAACUUAAGGAAUGUGGGGAGGACACGCCUUCGGAAACUGCUAAUACUAAAGGACACUUUGUACAAUUAAAAGAAGAGGGCUGGAGGGAUGGCUCAGUGGUUAAGAGCACUGACUGCUCUUCCAGAGGUCCUGAGUUCAAAUCCCAGCAACCACAUGGUGGCUCACAACCAUCCGUAAUGGGAUCUGAUGCCCUCUUCUGGUGUGUCUGAGGACAGCGACAGUGUACUCAUAUACACGAAAUAAAUAAAUCUUUAAAAAAUUAAAUACUCUGCUAGAAAUAAGUACAAUCCAACUACAAGAUGUAAAAUUGUCAGUCUGCUUAGCCAAAUUUGCCGCACUAACCUGGUAACGUAGGGCUUGUGGUUUCUCGCUUCAUUUUCGGUAACCUUCACAGAAGUCUCACGUUCAGUUUGAACCAAGCUUGGAAAAGUGUGUGCUCUGUAACCUAUGGUGAGAUUACCCAUUCCAGGUUCCCGUCCUGUUACUGUCUCCAUAGGCACUGCCACUGAAGUAGUUUUGGAAAUUACGAACUCUGCUUUUUCUCACAUUUUUUCCUUGGAUUUUAAAAUGCAUUUGGUCAUCAUCACAGGAUUCUGUCCUCUGUAAGGAAGCCAGGUUUUUUUUUCCCCUCAGAAAUAUAUCUAUAAAAUAGAAAACUUGGAAUAGAUAAUUUUAAACUAAGCCGGAAGUCUAUACAGAUCAGAAAUAGCUUUAGCACUCACUGUACUGGGUACAGCUAAGAACCAUACUUAGGAUAUUGUCAUUUCUAUAUGCGUUAACUCACUUUUUUAUAUGGAUGCUUACGAGUAUUCGGAGCACAGUGGCUGGGUAGCAUGGUGCGUGCCAUGGUUAUGAGCUCGCCCUGCUGUCCCGUCCCUCAGAAGUGAGAACACACACAGAGGCACGUGGCAGACUUCACCCAGUGCCUUCUGCCGCUCCCUCCUUGGCUUGUCCAAGUGCGUUCCUCCUUGGAUGAUGGGAGGUAACUCCUGGGAAGUUUUAAUUCCUGGAGAUAAUCCUUUCUCAGAACCUUUGACCUAAGUCCAGAGAAUCAGAAAUGGUAUGAGAGCAUUUCUUGAAAGGGUCUCCUCAGAGAGGUAGAACCUUGUGGGCAUCACCUUCUCUGGAUGCGGUUCCUGAUCAUGACUGCCAACCACGUGUACCAUGUGUAGUCCUGGCUGGGACCUGAGUGAUAUCACAGAGCCACUAAACCAAUGUGACCUGUAAGCCACUCUGGGUCUGGACUGUGGUUUUUGUUUUUUGUUUUUUUCUAAGAGACUUUCUAAACCAGGUGACUUAGGGACAUUCUGAUAAUAACAAGAAGACAUUGUUCUGCAUUACGCUUUGUAGGAGUUCUGCAAUUCUGAAGUGGACUUUAGGCAAAUCGUUUAUUUUGAUGUGUCCAUAGAGAGAUUUACUGCCUGUAAAUUUGUAUAUAAAUAACCUGAGAAUUGAAAAUGAACUUGAAACAAAUGUGUACUCUU